AAUGGACUCCUUCCCCAAAUGUGCUGUCUGUCAGCAGCAGUUUACCCCUGGAAGGGGACCUCGCUUCUACCUACCUACUGCCCUGUCUCACACGCUGUGUGUGUGGAGACGUGUGUGACAUCUGCAGCUGGUGGUGUGAUAUCAUGCUCUACAUGUCAGAGGGAGGUCAACCUCACAGACACAAGCCUCCAGAAGGAUGCAGUGAGACAGAAGGAAAUAUUCCACCUCGACGGUCAAACAUCGCCCCACAGAGCUCUGUACAAAAUGAAGAUGACGGCAACCAGGCUGUGUUGCGUCCAGAAUGUGAAGACUUCCUCUGUGAAUACCGCCAGAACAUGCACAACAGCAAGUUAAAGCUACCAGGACGACAUGCUGUGUUGAAACCAUUGUGGACACAGCACCAGGAGGCAUGCAGGCUGAACCAGCUUGAAGACAGCAGCGCUGUGGAGGAGACCAUCCACCACACUUUCCAUUCUCUGAGGACACAACUCGAUCAAAGAGAGAAGGAACUGAUCAUCGAUCUUGACAAUCAGACGAAGCAGAAACUGUCAAAUCUACACAUUGAACAAGUUACCUCUGAAGGCGAGAGUGAACGAUGCAAGUGGACCUCAGACUACAUCAAGACAGUUCUCAGAUAUGCUUCUGAACUCCCCGGACUUUCUGACGCUCGAGAGUUCAAUACAAGAAACAACGAAGACUUACCUCAGAUCAGUUCCACCAGAGCUGCACCGUUCACCUGCAGCCGUCUUCAACAUGAGAGGACUGGAAAAUUGAAAUCUGACAUUUCUAAGUUUGGGUCUCUCGUUGGAGAUGGAUCAGCAUCUGAUGAACACACACUGAGGGACAGAGGUACACAGACAGAUGACAUCCAUCUACCUGACCUUGAGAACACACUCAAGCACUUGAAGCUUCCAGAGGCCUCUAAGGAUCCAACACCACUACCACAGUUUGAUGCGGGGACGAACACCUACAGUCUGGAAUCAGGAACAGUGACCACGUUGACUCUGCAGUGUCCUAAACUACAACUGAACGCUGCUCGAACCAACACAGACUGGUGCCACGUAACUACAGUCGGUCAGCUGGUGAACUCGCCGCCCGCCACACAACACAGACACAGCGGCAGGUUACGGACAUAUUGGGGUACAUGUGCCUCCACCCCCAUCCCCCUUCCUCCAUCCCCCUCUACUGUCACCCCUGUCCCACACACACCACGAUACUGGGAGACACACUCUAGGGUGGGUGUGGUGAGUGGAGGGUGGUGGGGGUGGUUUGUCCUGGAGAUGGGUGUGGUGGAGGAGAGCCAGGUAGACAGUAUGUGGUGUGUUUGUUACCAGCACCGCUCCUGGUGUGUCAGUGUAGAGAGAUGUUGCACACACCAGGGGAGUCUCUGUACCAGGGUGUGGCAGCAGGGGGAGGGGGGGAAGUGUUACAGUAACACAAUGUCUGACACACGCGGCACACAGGCCACCCUCCACUACGGCGUUGUGCUGGAUGUGGGGAGGGGGAGACUCGCCUUCAUCGACCUCGACAGAGAGGUUGUAUUAGCCAAGGUGGAUGUUGAGUGGAGCGAGUCUCUUCUUCCCAUGUUUGGUGUUGGGUCGCUAGAUGUCUACACAGUCAACAUGAAGGUGAUAAGUGGGGCAGAUAUCACCAUGACUGACACCAAGAAGUCACUUAUCUAUGACGCCUUGAAUUAGACAAUGAAAUAAACAUGACAUUGUGUAAA